GCGGCGGUCGGGAGGAGUCGCCGGGGCAGAAGCCGCACUUGUUAGUGUUGGGGGAGGAGGGGACCGGCGACGCCGACACCGUCAGCCGGCGACGCCGCGAAGAAGGCGGGAGGGGGUGGGGGCGAAACCAGGCUCCGACCCCCCGGCCGAGGGGAUGAAGGGAGCAUGGGCGCCAAGGAGUCACGGAUCGGAUUCCUCAGCUACGAGGAGGCGCUGAGGAGAGUCACAGAUAUAGAGCUGAAACGACUCAAAGAUGCCUUCAAGAGGACCUGUGGACUCUCAUAUUACAUGAGUCAGCACUGCUUCAUCAGGGAAGUGCUUGGGGAUGGAGUGCCUCCUAAAGUUGCUGAGGUGAUUUACUGUUCUUUUGGUGGAACAUCCAAAGGGCUACACUUCAAUAACUUAAUAGUUGGACUUGUUCUCCUUACAAGAGGCAAAGAUGAAGAGAAAGCAAAAUAUAUUUUUAGUCUUUUUUCAAGUGAAUCUGGGAGCUAUGUCGUACGGGAAGAAAUGGAAAGAAUGCUCCAUGUGGUGGAUGGUAAAGUCCCAGAUACAAUUAGGAAGUGUUUCUCAGAGGUAUACUUAAAGAUUUAUAUUUUAUUUCUUCUUGUUGAUGUAGUGUUAACUCUUAUGGAGGAGUCAGACAUCAUUGAUCUGGAGAAACGCUAUUGGCUACUGAAGGCUCAAUCCCGUACUGGACGUUUUGACUUAGAGACCUUUGGUCCUUUGGUUUCACCACCUAUUCGCCCUUCUCUGAGUGAAGGUAGGAAAUGUUCCUUAAAAAACAAAACAAUGUCCUUACCAAGUAAUCUAAAAGUGAUUUCCUUUCCUAAGAGUUUUUUGUCAUUAGUUUGCUUCAAGGUGUUUGAUGUUGACCGUGAUGGAGUUCUGUCCAGGGUUGAACUGAAAGACAUGGUGGUUGCACUUUUGGAGGUCUGGAAAGAUAACCGCACUGAUGAUAUUCCUGAAUUACAUAUGGCUCUGUCGGACAUUGUAGAAGACAUAUUGAAUGCACAUGAUACCACAAAGAUGGGCCAUCUUACUCUGGAAGACUAUCAGAUCUGGAGUGUGAAAAAUGUUCUUGCCAAUGAGUUUUUGAAUCUCCUCUUCCAGGUAUGCCACAUAGUUCUGGGGUUAAGACCAGCUACUCCAGAAGAAGAAGGACAAAUUAUUAGAGGAUGGUUAGAACGAGAAAGCAGGUAUGGUCUGCAGCCAGGACACAAUUGGUUUAUCAUCUCCAUGCAGUGGUGGCAACAGUGGAAAGAAUAUGUCAAAUACGAUGCCAACCCUGUUGUGAUUGAGCCAUCAUCAGUUCUAAAUGGGGGAAAAUUUUCAUUUGGAACAGCAGCACAUUCUAUGGAGCAGGGAGAAGAUAAAAUCAGUAACAACCUCAGUUAUAUGAAUACCACAGAAGAGAAAUACUCAGACAACAUUUCUUCUGCAUCUGAAGCCUCAGAGUCUACUGGCAGUGGCUUUCUGUAUUCUGGCACACCAGGGGCAGAUAUGUGCUUUGCAAGGCAACAUAAUACUUCUGACAAUAACAACCAGUGUUUACUAGGAGCCAAUGGGAAUAUCCUUUUGCACCUUAAUCCUCAGAAGCCAGGAGCUAUUGAUAACCAGCCACUAGUAACUCAAGAACCAGUAAAGGCUACAUCGUUAACACUAGAAGGAGGAAGAUUAAAACGAACUCCACAGCUAAUCCAUGGAAGAGAUUAUGAAAUGGUCCCAGAACCUGUAUGGAGAGCACUUUAUCAUUGGUAUGGAGCAAACCUGGCCCUCCCUCGACCAGUAAUCAAGAAUAGCAAGACGGAAAUCCCAGAGCUAGAAUUAUUUCCUCGCUAUCUUCUCUUCCUUCGACAGCAGCCAGCCACACGGACUCAGCAGUCUAACAUCUGGGUGAAUAUGGGAAAUGUACCUUCUCCAAAUGCGCCUCUAAAGCGGGUAUUAGCCUAUACAGGCUGUUUUAGUAGAAUGCAAACCAUCAAGGAAAUUCAUGAAUAUCUGUCUCAAAGGCUUCGCAUCAAAGAGGAAGAUAUGCGACUAUGGCUAUACAAUAGUGAGAACUACCUGACUCUUUUGGAUGAUGAGGAUCAUAGGUUGGAAUAUUUGAAAAUCCAGGAUGAGCAGCACCUGGUAAUUGAAGUUCGCAACAAAGAUAUGAGCUGGCCUGAGGAAAUGUCCUUUAUAGCAAAUAGUAGCAAAAUAGAUAGACAUAAAGUUCCCACAGAAAAGGGAGCCACAGGUCUGAGUAACCUGGGAAACACAUGCUUCAUGAACUCAAGCAUCCAGUGUGUUAGUAACACACAACCACUGACACAGUAUUUUAUCUCAGGGAGGCAUCUUUAUGAACUCAACAGGACAAAUCCCAUUGGUAUGAAAGGCCAUAUGGCUAAAUGCUAUGGCGAUUUGGUGCAGGAACUUUGGAGCGGAACUCAGAAGAAUGUUGCCCCAUUAAAGCUUCGGUGGACAAUAGCAAAAUAUGCUCCCAGGUUUAAUGGGUUCCAGCAACAAGACUCCCAAGAACUUCUGGCUUUCCUUUUGGAUGGUCUUCAUGAAGAUCUCAACCGAGUCCACGAGAAGCCAUAUGUAGAACUAAAAGACAGUGAUGGACGACCCGACUGGGAAGUAGCUGCAGAGGCCUGGGACAACCAUCUAAGGAGAAAUAGAUCAAUCGUUGUGGACUUGUUCCAUGGUCAGCUAAGAUCCCAAGUCAAAUGCAAGACAUGUGGCCAUAUAAGUGUCCGAUUUGACCCUUUCAAUUUUUUGUCUUUACCACUUCCAAUGGACAGUUAUAUGCAUUUAGAAAUAACAGUAAUUAAAUUAGAUGGUACUACCCCAAUACGAUAUGGACUAAGACUGAAUAUGGAUGAAAAGUACACAGGUUUGAAAAAGCAGCUGAGUGAUCUCUGUGGACUUAAAUCAGAACAAAUCCUUCUUGCAGAAGUAAAUAGUUCCAACAUAAAGAACUUCCCUCAGGACAACCAAAAAGUUCGACUCUCAGUGAGUGGAUUUUUGUGUGCAUUUGAAAUUCCCAUUCUUGCAUCUCCAGUCUCAGCGUGUAGUCCAAUACAAACAGAUUGCUCCUCUUCUCCAUCUACAAAUGGACUAUUCACCCUGACUACCAAUGGGGAUCUGCCUCGACCUAUAUUCAUCCCCAAUGGAAUGCCAAAUACAGUUGUGCCAUGUGGAACUGAGAAGAACGUCACAAAUGGAAUGCUCAAUGGUCAUAUGCCACCUCUUUCUGAUGAUCCCAUUACAGGCUACAUCAUUGCAGUUCAUCGAAAAAUGAUGAGGACAGAAUUGUAUUUCCUGUCAUCUCAGAAGAAUCGCCCCAGUCUCUUUGGAAUGCCACUGAUUGUUCCUUGUACUGUGCAUACCCGGAAAAAAGAUCUCUAUGAUGCAGUUUGGAUUCAAGUAUCUCGAUUGGCCAGCCCUCUCCCACCUCAAGAAGCUAGUAACCAUGCACAGGAUUGUGAUGACAGCAUGGGCUAUCAAUAUCCAUUCACCCUCCGAGUUGUUCAGAAAGAUGGAAAUUCCUGUGCCUGGUGCCCAUGGUAUAGAUUUUGCAGAGGCUGUAAAAUUGAUUGUGGAGAAGAUAGAGCUUUCAUUGGAAAUGCCUGUAUUGCUGUGGAUUGGGACCCUACAGCCCUUCAUCUCCGCUAUCAAACAUCACAGGAAAGAGUUGUAGAGGAGCACGAAAGUGUGGAGCAGAGUCGGCGAGCACAGGCUGAGCCCAUCAACCUGGACAGCUGUCUCCGUGCCUUCACCAGUGAGGAGGAGCUGGGAGAAAAUGAGAUGUACUAUUGCUCCAAAUGUAAAACUCACUGUUUGGCAACUAAGAAGCUGGACCUCUGGAGGCUUCCUCCAAUUCUGAUUAUUCACCUUAAACGAUUUCAGUUUGUAAAUGGACGGUGGAUAAAAUCACAGAAAAUUGUUAAAUUUCCUCGUGAAAGUUUUGACCCUAGUGCUUUUUUAGUACCAAGAGACCCAGCUCUUUGCCAGCAUAAACCACUCACACCCCAGGGGGAUGACAUCUCUGAGCUAAGGAUUUCAGGAGGAGAUGUGAAGAAAAUGGAUGUCCAGAACUCAGCAGGGGAGGAGGAUGUGCUCCUGAGCAAGAGCCCAUCUUCACUCAGUGCAAAUAUCGCCAGUAGCCCCAAAGGUUCACCUUCUUCUUCAAGAAAAAGUGGAGCCAGCUGUCCCUCCAGCAAAAACAGCAGCCCUAACAGCAGCCCACGGACUUUGGGGAGGAGCAAAGGGAGGCUUCGUUUGCCUCAAAUUGGCAGCAAAAAUAAGUUGUCCAGUAGUAAGGAGAAUUUAGAUGCCAGCAAAGAGAAUGGGACUGGGCAGACAUGUGAACUGGCUGACACCUUGAGCCGAGGACAUAUUUUGGGAGGCAGCCAACCUGAGCUGGUCACUCCUCUGGAUCAUGAGAGCACUUUGGCUAAUGGAUUCCUUUAUGAGCAUGAGGCAUGUGGCAAUGGCUAUAGUAAUGGUCAGCUUGGAAAUCAUAGUGAAGAAGACAGCACUGAUGACCAAAGAGAAGAUACUCAUAAUAAACCUAUUUAUAAUCUAUAUGCAAUUUCGUGCCAUUCAGGAAUUCUGGGUGGGGGCCAUUAUGUCACUUAUGCCAAAAACCCAAACUGCAAGUGGUACUGUUACAAUGACAGCAGCUGUAAGGAACUUCACCCUGAUGAAAUUGACACCGACUCUGCCUACAUUCUUUUCUAUGAGCAGCAGGGGAUAGACUGUGCACAAUUUCUGCCAAAGAUCGAUGGCAAAAAGAUGGCAGACACAAGCAGCAUGGAUGAAGACUUUGAAUCCGAUUACAAGAAGUACUGUGUGUUACAGUAAAGCGGCUGCUUUGGCCGAUAAGUGGGCUGCUGGAAGGGAGGUGACGCCUUGUAGGUGACAUUUGGCAGAAUCGUCACUGAAAAGCAGGCUAAGUGUAGUUAUUUUAUCCUGUGACCUGAAGCACAAAAUAAAAAGUCCUAAUUAAAAUAGCAGUCAACUUUAAGAAUAGUACUAAUUUUGUUUGAAGUCUCUCACAAGCUGUCCAGUGGAGGACUUUCAGGCAGAUCCCACCAUUAGCCUGUAAACAAGAAGGUUUGGCACCAAUCACCUGGGACCAAUUAAGAAUUUAAUGUGCUUGUCCAGAUAAUGAACAAACUUGUAGUGAGUAUAGAGUUUUCCAAUAAUCAUAACAGGAUGCUAAGGAUUUCCUUAGAAUCAAAGUAAAAAAAAACAAAAGUUGAAAUGUUGUCUGGGGACAACAUGAUUUGCUACCUCCUUUUUCCUGAAGUUUCAUUCCAUUGUAUUGACAAAUGGAGAAAGCCAGGUCAUGCAGGAGUGCAGAUGACUCUCAGAGUGCAGACACAGGUUCUUCCUUUUUUGAACCAUUUCCCUGUUCUUUCUGUGUCUUUUUCUUUGCUUUUUGUUGUUGUCAAGUUUAUGUUUGGAACAGUGACUGUGGCAGAAGUUGUGGUGGUUGGUCUGAACCCACGCAUCCCUGAGACCAUGUGCCUUCCACCCAGUCUCAGUGCAGAGGCCCCAGGAGAGGUCCAGCCCAGGUGGCCCUUCUGCGAAGGCUUCUUUAGGGUACUAGAGGAGUCCCCACAGGCGCACUGCUGGGUGUGGCUGCUGCCAGGGUUUGCACCAUAGUCCCAUGCAUAUGUUGCACAAAGUGUUUCUAGGAAGGUAUGCAAAAGCCAGCCGUGUUUCCUGUUAGUGGUGGGUUUUUUUCUUUGUUUCUCAUUUUGCACUUUAUAAGAGAGAACACAUGCAAACAAAUUGUGCUUAUACUUUAAUGGCUCUAAAAACAGAAAUAUAUCCAGCAUUGAUAGUUUGUAAGUAUUGUACAAAGAAACUGCUGGGUUUAGGAAGCAAACUCUAGUUGUUUUCAUUUCUGCCCCUCAGCUUUUUUUUUUCUUUACUCACUUUUUUCCUAAUUAUUCAAAACUGGAACAAAAGUAUAAAUGUCAUUUUUCUGGCAUCAUUUUUCUGUAUUGUGUUUUAGUUUGUAGUUCAAGGAAAUUCUCAUCUUAUUUUUAGUCUUUUAAAAAAUUUGCGACCCUGGAAGCUGAUUCUCAUUGUUGUCAGAUCCUAUUCCCCUCCCUUCCUCAUGAUGCAGUUAGUGUCCUGACAGCUGAGCCCAGUGCUGAGACUGGUUUUAAUGCCCUGGGAAAGCUGUUGCAAGCAGCUGCCGAGGCUGACGUCCUUUCAGAAGGAUAUACGGAAGAGGAAGUAAUGGCCUGGAAGGAAUAUUGUAAAGAAGUCACACAAAGUACAUACUUCAUAGAUUCAAAGUUUUCAUAUAUGAGAUUGUCCACUCCUACCUACCUGGACAAGUCCCAUGAAAAAGUAGAAGAUUUUCAAUAAUUUCUUUACAGAUAUUUUAGUUGAGCAGGUAGUACAAUCUACUAAUGUUGUUUGAUCUGUGUUUGUUAUAUUGGUUGUAAUUAAUUUUUUAAACUCGAGAACUAGCAGAAAAUUUAUUAAAUUAACUAUUAACUACAUUUACCUUGUAAAUUUCUGUAUAAAACUUGUUGACAAUGCACUGACUUUAGGAAGAUGUUGAUGUACAUAGAGUGUAAAUAAGAUAGUGUUGAUGUACUGAAUAUGAACUGUAUAAAAAAGUAUUGGUCAUUGUAUAUGGUGUGUACCUGUUUAUCUGUAACUAUUACCCAAACAAAUUAAAUACUGAAGAUGUC